AUGGAUCCAACCAAAGAAACCAAAUCCUAUAGGGACCAGCAGCGAAUAGCUACCCUUCGCUCUUCAAUUGCAACUCUAGAAGCUAAGCAUGUGCGGCUUCAAGCCGACCUAACUGACGUGACUGCUCAGCUCAAGGACAAUCCCAAUACCACAUGCGAGCGCUACACGCAGCUCUUACAUGAGUACAACGAUAUCAAAGACGUUGGACAGGGGUUGAUGGGGCUUCUUGCUGAUGCGAGGGGAGUAAGGCAGAUUGAGGUGGAAAAGGAGUUUGGGGUUUCGGAGGAGGAUUGA